GGCUGCGAGGCUAUAACAUUGCAGUGUGGAUGUUCGCACUUGGGCCGGAGCCUGGCCUCUGGGACCCUUGCAGAGCAGAGCCUGAACCUCUCUACACUGCAACUGCGUAGCCCCUGGAGCUGGAACCAGCCUGGAGGGGCCAGGCACAGGUGUUUAACUGCAGCGUAACCUACUCUCUGAGCUCAGCUAGCCGGGGCAUGGGCUAGCGAGGCUGGGCGUGGGCUGCCCAGGGCCCCACUGCUGCCGUCCACCUCACAAUCUUUAAGGCGUUUGUUCUCACGGCACCCCUGGGCGGGGAGGUGCGGUUAGGCCAUCGGAGGUCCGCAGCUGAGGCCCAGAGGUGCCCAUCUCCUCCUGCUGUCAAUGGGAGUUAGGGGCCUAAGGACCUUUGAGGACUGGAGCCAACCCGACCUGCCCACAGGCGCACCCGGGGUCGGGGCACUCGCCCACCUGCGGGGCCUGCAGCUCCCAGAGCCCCACCUGGCCGUGACCGGCCGCCGACCGUGGGCUCCCGCCUUACGCUGACUCCUCCGCCAUUGUGCCCGUGGGCCUGGGGCGCGGCGCGGCGCCUCGGGGUGUGGGAGGGAGGCGGGGCCCGGGCUCCCCGGGUGUGGCGGGGAUGAAGAGCGGACAUGGCGGCGGCCGGCGGCGUCUCCUCGCUACGCUCCUGCCUGCUGCGUCUGGGGAGAGGGCGACCCCGGCCCGCCGGCUACAGCAGCAGCAGCAGCAGCUGCUCCCCGCGCAGAGCCGCCAGUGAUGAAGCAACCAUUAUCUCAGGGACUCAGCUUGCUAAAGAAGUCUAUAAAGAAGUCCAGAGGGAUGUAGAAUCAUGGAUGUCCCUUGGGAACAAGAGACCUCAUCUCACUGUCAUUUUAGUAGGGGACAACCCAGCCAGUCAUACGUAUGUAAGGAAUAAGAUGAAGGCAGCUGCUGCUGUAGGUAUCUGUAGUGAGAUAAUAUUGAAGCCUAAAGACAUUUCUCAGGAAGAACUUUUAGAUCUGACUGCCAAAUUAAACCAUGAUUCAAGAGUUAAUGGUAUAUUAGUCCAGCUACCUCUUCCAGAUCAUAUAGAUGAACGAACAGUCUGCAAUAUUGUUGCGCCUGAAAAGGAUGUGGAUGGAUUCCAUAUUAUCAACAUUGGACGACUGUGUCUUGAUCAACCUUCUGUAAUACCUGCCACAGCUGCUGCUGUUUGGGAAAUUAUAAAAAGAACAGGAAUACAAACAUUUGGAAAAAAUGUUGUUGUAGCUGGACGAUCUAAGAAUGUAGGAAUGCCUAUUUCAAUGCUUUUACAUACAGAUGGAGAACAUGAAAGGCCUGGAGGUGAUGCUACUGUGACAAUUACUCACAGAUAUACUCCAAAAGAGCAGCUAAAGAUCCAUACCCAACUAGCUGACAUUAUAAUAGUAGCUGCAGGUAUUCCAAAGUUGAUUACAGCUGAUAUGGUUAAAGAAGGUGCAGCUGUGAUCGAUGUAGGCAUCAACCAUAUCCAUGACCCUCUGACAGGGAAAACCAAAUUAGGGGAUGUGGACUUUGAAGAGGUAAAGAAGAAAUCUGGCUUUAUCACUCCAGUCCCCGGAGGAGUAGGACCUAUGACUGUUGCCAUGCUCUUGAAGAACACGCUCAUUACUGCUAAAAAGCUCAUUUACUAAAGAGCUACUGCUACACUGAAAAAUGAAUCCAAGUCAUUCUAUUUAUUGAUACAUAAAACAUUUAUUUUUACUACAAAUAUAUUUAUUUCUACAUUGUAUUUAUUUUUUCAUGUAAAAUAUUAUGAAUAUGAUGAUGAUUUACAAAAUAUUGCAAUACCUUAUGUUACCUCCUGCAGCUGAAUUGUGAGUAAAUCAAAGUGCAGUUACAGCUUUCACAUGUGUAUUGUUGUUCUGUAGGUCAAUCUUGUUUAUAAAGAAAAUAAGGACUAAGAUUCUUUUGAAUAUUUUACUCUAAGUCCUAUUUUCAAAAGUGACUUAGUCAGUUAGGACCCAAAUUUUGUUGAAAAUUAAAGAAGCUUAAGCUCCUAAAUGCGAGAUCACUUUUUUGAAAAUUGAACUUAGGCUCCCAAAUCACUUAUACACUUUUGAAAAUUUUAUUCUGAAUCUUGAAUUCCUUGCAAAUCCAAAACUUCUGUUGAUGUCAGUAGGAAUUUUGCAUGCCCAAGUAAUGCAAGAUUCAAACCUAAGAUUCAACUGCAUGCCAGUAAUGCUGAAAUCAUAAAGGGCUCACAUUCAGCAUGUACAUUUUUUUAAACUAACAUAAGCUUACACA